UCUCAACGAAUCCCGACGCCGAUCCGUUCAGCACCUAAUCCAACCCUUGGGUGGUUGAUAAUCGGGCGAGGACAAAAUAGAGGAACAGUUUUAGUCGUGCUACCGCUCUUCUCUUUCUUGCUGUUGUACUCUGGAUUUUGUUGUCAAUUCAUCGAUAAAUGUGGCUUUCCCUGGGCUUAGGGAAGUGGGGUCUGGAGCGCAUCAUCCUGCCUCUGUGAGGUUUUAUCACUCGAUAAAAAUGUCCGAAUACGAGGAACAAAAACAAGCCAUUGUCAUGGUUCCUUUUAGUAGAUGGGUAUUUUUAAGCCUUUUCGGCGAUGUUCGUGGACGGAGUAUCGGUGGCCCAACAUACCCGUGAUCUGGAAAAGCCAUUUCAUCUAUUUACUCACGUAUUCUUCAUCCAUGGUAUUUAGUGCCCUUUUAUUAGGAAGUAGAUGGACCCAUACAUAUAAUAAUGGUAAAGGGAUGAACGGAUGCGCAAGCCAUUACGUAGUAUGUAGCAUGCUUAUUUGGCGAUUAACCCUGCGAUUACAAUUACUGAAACCCAAACGUACAGAAUGGUACGUACCAAGCAAAGAUUCGAACCCCGUGUUGUGAUGCGGAUGCGGAAAAGCAUUCUUUCCUUAUGCUCGUUUUGUAUACAUCUCUCUAUCUUACAUAGUUUAUGCGAAAAUUACACGUUUUUAAAGUUGUUGCUGCCAAGGUGGAUGUACAAGAAAAGAAGAAGAAAAAACUUGCUUGGGGUGAUCGGAGAAAACAUCCGGUACCCAACAGUUUUUCUUGUCCACUUCUAAUUCAAGCACAACACAGGGAAAGAAAGGUGAGCUGCACCGGAUAAGCUCAUAUAAUGUGCGAUACAAGAGUGCAGAAUGACGCGCAUGUCACUUUGGGUCGAAGAAUUUUUGCUCUAUAUACCUGGGAAGCCUUUAUGAACGUUCACCCUUCAUCUCCAACGCCAGGCUCACUGCUUUCGUUGGCGUCUUCCUUUCUAUAUAUUGCAGUGUAUAUUUACUUUUUCUUGGCUUGCGGUGGAGCCCGCUCGAAAUUAUGCAUAACUAAAAACCCUAAUGAUAACCUUAACC